AUGACCAAGUUCGUCGUUUUCGAGAAGGUUGCUGAGGCCAUCUACAAGAAAGUUGACAAGAGCACGGCAUCCGAUGGACUGCAGACUACCAUCAACCUUGGUUCUGGUCUUAUGGCUGGUUUCGCUGCCGCUGCUGUUUCACAACCCGCCGAUACCAUGUUGAGCAAAAUCAACAAGUCUAAGGGUCUUCCAGGAGAGGGUACCACCAGCCGUCUGAUCAAGAUUGCCAAGGAGCUUGGCAUUAGGGGUUCAUACACUGGUAUUGGUGCUCGUCUUUUCAUGUUCGCCAUCUACGGAGAAAUCAAGAAGGCAUUGGGUGCCACCGGUGGUGUUGAAAUUGCGAAAUAG